AACGUGAAAGCUUCAGCUGUACUUGCAAUGCUUUUCCUUUUGUUUACACUGCAAAGUGCUGUUUCCUUAUGCUUUACCCGGCGUAUUUCCUCACCAGGACUGUGGGAGCACACGCGCGAUCUGCACCGAUCACAGCCUCUGCAUUUUGAAACCACAUCUAUUUUAGGGCUGCCAGGGGUUACUUACCGGGAUUCUGUUUUUAUUGCGUUUUAAAGGCUUUGAAGAUGUCCUCUUUGAAGAUGAGAUCUCUCCGGGACAUAGUCUUUGGGUGAAAUUCGGACCGAAUUAUUCCUGACAGGGGACUCGAAGAAUCAACCUGUUACAUCUUUUGAGUCUUAGGGUUUGUUUUCUGCAGGUCGAGACACACAAAUCGCUUUCUGUCGCCGCAUUAAUGAUGCAGCAAGAUUGUUAAGAGAGGAACGUCAAACUUUUGAAAACGCUUUGAAGAUUUAAAGAACGUUGUCGCCUAAGUGGAUUUUAAUAUUAAUUAAGCCGUGGAGCCUAGGAAUAAAAAUCCCAAUGUUAUUGCUAUUCACAUUGGCUAUAGUGUUUGGUGACUUUCGCCUUCAUGGCACCAAAGCUCAAGGUGGUUCUAUUAAGGCUUUGCGAUCCUCUACUAUCCAGAGAGAUGAGAGCAAUCACCUCACAGCAAUUUAUCGGAAAGAGGAUACAAUCAAUGUCGUGAAUAAUGGAUAUAUACAGAGCCCACGAUUUCCUCUCAACUAUCCAAGGAGCAUUCUGUUGACAUGGAGGUUGCUGUCUCCUGAAAACACAAGGAUACAGUUGGUGUUCGAUACCAGUUUUGGACUGGAGGAACCAGAAAAUGAUAUUUGCAGGUAUGACUUUGUAGAGGUGGAAGAUAUAUCCGACACAAACCGAGUUAUCCGUGGAAGGUGGUGUGGAAAUAAGGAAGUUCCUCCAAGACUAACAUCAAAAAGCAACAGACUAAGGAUAACCUUUAAAUCAGAUGAAUAUUUUGUGGCCAAACCUGGAUUUCGCAUUUAUUACUCUCCAGUGGAAGUGGAAGAUUUACAGCCGCAAACCUCAAAAUCAAACUGGGAGGCAGUCACAAGUUCUGUCCCGGGAUCACCAUGGCAUCAUUCAGCCGCUACAGCUUCACCACUGACUGCGGAGUCUUUGGAUGAGGCUAUUGCUGGAUUUGAUACAAUAGAAGAGCUUCUGCAGCAUUUAAAUCCGGACUUUUGGGAGGAGGACCUCAAUAAUAUUUUUCAAGAAACACCCCAGUUUCGAGGCAGAACAUUCCAUGAUGGAACAUUCCGUCGCGAACGGAAGACCAAAGCUGACUUGAACAGAAUGAAUAAUGAUGUUAAACGCUACAGCUGCACCCCACGGAACUACUCAGUUAACCUUCGAGAAGAGCUGAAGCAAACAAAUGCAGUUUUCUUCCCCCGUUGCCUUCUUGUUCAACGUUGUGGUGGAAAUUGUGGCUGUGGUACCGAACACUGGGGAUUCUGCAACUGUGUGCAAACCAAAACUGUUAUGAGAUAUCAUGAGGUGUGGAGAUUUAUUCCUGAACCUGGUCAACCACGCAGGCGGAGCAGAAAUAAGAACAUGGCCCUUGUUGAUAUCCAGUUGGAGCAUCAUGAACGAUGUGACUGCAACUGUAGUUCCCGACCACCCCGAUAAAAGAAAAAUUGGAUUACUGAUAUAAGCUUUCAAGGACCUUAUUCUUAACAGGAUUGCAUUUGUGUAUAGAUGAUUGCUGGCACCAGAGCUAAUAUUUUCCAAGAUUACAGAAAGUAAUAAUUGCUGUGCUUGAAUAUAUUCUUUAACUAGCAUUGUGGCAGCAAAAAUUCCAUAAUCAUGCCUUGCUUCUUGCAGUCAGAACAUUAUAAGACUGAGUUUUAUUAAUGCAUCCAGAUUAAAUGCAAGACAAUCCAGAUUUUUAAAUAAUAUUCUGAAUAUCAUCUCAAUCAGUUUACCUGGUUUAAGACUGAUACUUUAUUAAUUUUAAGGCAAUGUUUGAGGAGCAAUUAAUUAUUGAAUGUUGUACUCCACAGAAAUUAAAGUAAAACAUGCUAGAAAUAGUCAGGAAGUCAGAUGAUUUCUGACUGCAUUGAAACAGAGUUUAAAGUCAAUGGCCUUUCGUAAAAGAUUUAUAAUGAAAUGUCAUCCAACUAAAUUGUUAGUUCUGUUUCUUAUUCCAUAGGUGUUUUCUGAUCUGUUGAGUAUUCCUGGCAUUUUUUGGCUUUGUUUCAGAUGUCCAGCUUCUGCAGUAUUUUGCAUUUGUUGCAAUUUAUCCACAGGUAUGGCUUUCCCAUUAUCAAAAGCACCUUGGAAGUUUCACAUUGUAAUAAUGUUUAAGUCAUAUAAAAUGUUAAACUGCUUAAUGCAAACUGCUUUUGUGAGACUAUUUAAGGUUAAAGUGUUUCUCAGGCAAUGUUUUAUUAUUAGGGCUUGGAUUUCUUUCAACUAAUUUUAAUCACUGAACAUGUAAAUGAUAUUUAAAGUUUUUUUUCCAGUCCACUGUAAGUCUGCUGAAGUAUAAUGCAAGUUUUUAAAUAUUGUUGGCCAAGGAAGUUGUCUUUGUUUCUGUUUUUUUUUGUUUUAUUUUAUAUUAUCUGAUGCAACAGAUGAUAAUUAACCUCCACAAUUCUCCACUUAAAGAGCAAAACCUGCAUUUUUUAAAUGAAGUAUGACUGUACCAAAGGAUUGACAGUGUAUUUUGGUAUGAUCAGACCUCAAUGUAAAACUUACCUUAAUCUCAUCUUCCAUGUGCUUUAAAUGUGAAAAAUGUCCAUUAGUGGAAAAGAUGAAUGCAUCUUAUGUCAAUGAAAUAGACUCAGAUUUGGCAUGAAGUAAUGCUCAAAGCAUAGCGUUCUAAAUUGAUAUCAUUUUGUUAUAUUCAUAAAUGGACAAACAACUGGCCUAGUAUUUUCUAAUCUCAUUUAUAAUUACACCAGUCUUCAAGUAUUACAUACACAAAUCAAUAUGAGCAUCCAUUAACAGCACCGAGCCUUUCACAUCUUCACAUCUGUUCAAUUCAAAUCUUAAUCAGACCAGAAGAGCAAUUAUUUCAGCCACUUUCUAAACGUAUGGCCAUUAUUUCCAUCAUUUUAAUGGGUACAGCGUACAAUAAAGGACAACAACAAAUGUUAUAUGCCAUCGUCAAUACCAAGUUACUUUGAGUCACAUUUUCUGAAGACGUUAAGGAAAAUAGAAAAGGGCAAUGCAUUUUAGUUAUGAUUUUAUUUAAGUCUUCAUUGGGUUAUCAUGUUUGAAAAUGUUAAAUGUUUCUAAAAUUUUGGAUUAACUCCAAUAUGACAAACUUUAAAAUGUAUUGAAUUCUUAUUGACAUUUUUUUAAAAACACAAAAUUCAAUUCCAUAAUCCUUUAGAAUCAAAUAAGUAUGGUGUUGAAUUAUGAAUGAUAUAUCUACAAAUUAUUUGGUUAAUGGAAUAGGUUUACUUGAGCAGUUCACUUGCACCUUACUAUAGUGCUGCCAAAGUAGGAUCAUGAACAUAUAAAGCUUUUUGUACUUUAUAAAGUAAUGCAAUAUUAUUUUAAAUUCAUAUCGAAAAGCAUAUUUCUUAAUUUCUUUCUAUCUCAUCCAUCAGAUUUACAUAUUACAAAAUAAGCAACAUCCAUAAAAAGUAAUCUUCUAAGAAAAGUUUUGUUUCAUCAUAAGAAUAUACAUUUUUUAGUUUCCUACAUGUUGUAUAGUAAUAUGCUGUGCUAUAAUAUUAGUACACUUUCAGUACUGCAAGGGCUGAUGGCCUUUAGAACAAUUCUGCAGGGUCCUGGGGAUGCCGUUUUUGUUCUUGCAAUAAAAACAAUUUCCUAAAGUGCAAUUCUUGUAUUUUAACACAACUUAUUUUUAAAUAUAUAUAGAGCAUUUCAAACAGCUUCCUUUGAUUUUUGUAUGUAUUAUUGUUAUUGAUUAGAAUUAUCUUGUGCUCUUGUUUUGAUGGAAUGUAAAGACUGCUUGAGAAAGGGAAUUGUAGAGGAUUAUUUUUUGUUAUAAAAUAAACUAAAAUUCUCAACUUUA